AUGUACUGUAGCCGGAGGAAGCGUCUUCACCUCAGCCGCGUCCUCUUCCUCCUCUCGGGAGUUUGUCUGUGUACACUCUACCAGCUGACUAUAAGUGCCAGGAUCCACCCGGGCAUCGCUCUGCCUCAGACUGGACUGGACUUUGGGCAGGGGUCAGCGGAGGGGCCAGAGGAGAACGUGACAGAGGACACAAUCUCACAUGUGACAGAGGCUGGACAAACUGAUCAGACCAGAGUCCAGACAGAGACAACAAUACAGCCCCCACCAGCGGCCCCCACCACAAAUAAGACUCUAGUUCACUGUAUCUAUGUAACCCCUCUCCCUGUGACGCCCACCCCCCUUCCCACUCCUCCCGAAGCUCCCACCACCCCUGUGCCCCCCGCAGAUGCCCCUCACAUGAAGGGGGACUACCCGGAGGACAUAUUCAGCAUCGAGGAGCGGCGGCAGGGUUGGGUCAUUCUUCACAUUCUGGGGAUGAUGUACAUGUUCGUGUCCUUGGCCAUCGUCUGUGAUGAGUUCUUUGUUCCUGCUCUGGGGGUCAUCACUGAUAAACUGGCCAUCUCCGACGAUGUGGCUGGAGCCACGUUCAUGGCAGCCGGCGGCUCAGCUCCAGAGCUCUUCACCUCUCUUAUCGGAGUGUUCAUUGCUCAUAGUAAUGUGGGCAUUGGAACUAUCGUGGGCUCAGCGGUCUUCAACAUCCUGUUUGUGAUUGGGAUGUGUGCACUGUUUUCUCGGGAGAUGCUGCAUUUGACCUGGUGGCCGCUCUUCAGAGAUGUGUCCUUCUACAUCCUAGACCUGGUCCUCCUCAUUAUCUUCUUCCUGGACAAUGUGAUCGUGUGGUGGGAGAGCCUGAUGCUGGUGGGGGGCUACUCUCUGUAUGUGGUCUUUAUGAAGUUCAAUGUGCAGAUCGAGGGGUUUGUCAAGGGAUUACUGCACAAACACAAGAUGAUCGUCAAAGUGAUCGCUUUGGAGGAGCCAGAAAAGGUAAAUGGGGGCGCUGUGGAGCAAGGACCUACAAUUCUAGAAGACAAGAACCGCUUAAAGUUGAAGCCUGCUCUUCAGCGCGGGGGCAGCUCCGCCUCUUUACACAACAGCACCAUGAGGAACACCAUCUUUCAACUCAUGAUCCACACGCUGGACCCUCUGGGAGAAGGUAAAUUUAAGGAUAAGGCUGAGACUUUGAAUAAUGUGGCCAGCAAGAAAACAGAAAGCAAAACUCCAGACAAACAAGAAGAUGGAGGUCCAAACCCUGACCGGAGCAAAGAGCCAGAGCCGCCUGAAGACACACAGGAGAAGGAGGCGGCUGAGGACAAGGAUGAUGUGCCUGCAAACAGCGGCUCUGACGACUCUAAUGACUCCAGCGAUAGUGAUGACAGCGAGAGUGAAGAGGAUAGUGAAGAGAGUGAUGAAGAGGAGGGAGGAGAGGAAGAGGAGCCUCUGUCUUUGGAGUGGCCCGACACCAGACGUAAACAGGCCACGUACCUGUUCCUCCUGCCCAUAGUGCUGCCGCUGUGGCUCACUGUGCCAGACGUCCGGAAUCAGAAAUCCAGAAGGUUCUUUGUGAUGACUUUCCUGGGGUCCAUCAUGUGGAUUGCUAUCUUCUCCUACCUUAUGGUGUGGUGGGCCCAUCAGGUGGGUGAGACGAUGGGCAUCUCAGAGGAGAUCAUGGGGCUGACCAUCCUGGCGGCGGGCACGUCCAUACCAGACCUCAUCACCAGCGUCAUCGUGGCUCGCAAAGGCCUGGGCGACAUGGCAGUGUCCAGCUCUGUGGGCAGCAAUAUCUUUGACAUCACCGUGGGUCUCCCAGUGCCGUGGCUGUUGUACUCGUGCAUUCACGGCUUUGCUCCCGUCGCUGUGAGCAGUAACGGUCUGUUCUGUGCCAUCGUGCUGCUCUUCCUCAUGCUCCUCUUCGUCAUCGCCUCCAUCGCCUGGUGCAAGUGGAAGAUGAACAAACUUCUGGGAUUCACCAUGUUCCUCCUCUACUUCAUAUUCCUCGUCCUCAGUGUGAUGUUGGAGGACCGCAUCAUCGUCUGCCCCGUGUCCAUCUGAGGCUCUGACCGAUAAGCCACGAGAAGGGACUAGACACAUCGUUCCCAUGGUAAUCUAGAGUAAACAACACCCAAUUCCACCAAACUUGUGAGUGUAGAAUUAUACUCAAGAACUCUGAUUGGGAGCUGGACUUUUUCAUUUUAAUUUCCCAUUUAAUACUUAU